AUUCUCUCUCCUCCAUUUAAGGCUCACGAAAGAUCCAAAGUGGAAGCUCUUCAAACUUCUAAGACAUAGCAGAAUGAGCUUCAUCUGGUCCGCUUCGUUGUGGGUUAUAGCUUUAGUGGUUAUAAUGAUUAGCAAGUGGUUAUACCGAUGGUCAAACCCCAACUGCAAUGGAAAGUUACCACCGGGAUCAAUGGGUUUUCCGAUCAUCGGAGAGACUUUCGACUUCUUUGAGGUCCAUGGAUUCUAUGAGAUCUCACCCUUUGUCAAGAAGAGGAUAUUAAGGUACGGACCAUUGUUUCGGACCAACAUUAUGGGAUCCAACACCGUGGUUUUGACAGAACCGGAUGUGAUAUAUGAGGUUUUCCGGCAAGAGAACGAGUCUUUCAUAUUUAGCUAUCCGGAAGGUUUUGUCAAGCCAUUUGGAAAAGACAGCGUGUUCUACGAACGUGGGAACAUCCACAAGCACGUCAAACAAGUCACUCUGCAACUUCUUGGCUCUGAGUCUUUGAAGAGAAAGAUGAUAAGAGACAUAGACAGAGUGACCUGUGAGCACCUUAAAUCGAAGGCUACCAAGGGAAGCUUCGAUGUUAUGGACACAGUUGAAAACUUGAUAAUGGCGCACUUGACCCCGAAGAUAAUAUGUAACCUCGAACCUGAAACCCAAAGAAAUCUAAUGGAAAAUCUCAAGGCCUUCAAAAAUGAUUGGUUUCGGUCAUUGUUUACUCUUAAAACCUGGCUUUCUCUCUACAAAGCCUUUAAGGCACGCAAAGUUGCAGUGCAGCUGAUAAAAGACGUUUUCACGAGGAGGAAAGCGUCCAGAGAGAAGUUCGGAGACUUCCUCGACACAAUCGUAGAAGAGCUGGAGAAAGAAGACGCCGUUUUUAAUGAAGCAACUGCUAUUAACCUCCUCUUCGGUCUUAUGAUUGUCGCUAAAGAUUCUACCUCUGUUGUUACUUCCUUGGCCAUCAAAUUCAUUGCCGAAAACCCUAAAGCUCUUGCAGAGUUGAAGAGAGAGCAUGAAGCCAUCCUUAAAAACAGAGAAGAUAAGGAAGCUGGAAUUAGCUGGGAAGAAUAUAGACACAGCAUGACUUUCACCAACAUGAAAUCAAAGGCAAGAUACACAAUUCCAGCGGGUUGGAUUGCAGCGGUUGUACCUUCUGCUGUUCAUUAUGAUCCUGCAAUAUAUGAGAACCCUUUCGAGUUCAAUCCAUGGAGAUGGGAGGGGAAAGAGUUGCGGUCUGGAUCUAAGACAUUCAUGGUGUUUGGAGGGGGAGUGAGACAGUGUGCAGGCGCGGAGUCUGCGAGGCUUCAGAUUUCAAUCUUCAUUCAUUACCUUGUAACUAAAUACGAUUUCUCAUUAGCCCAAGAAUUCGAGUUCUUGCGCACACCGCUCCCUUUUUUCCCUAAGGGAGUUCCUAUCAACAUCUCCCAGUCAUCCAAGUAUCUUGUUUAAACGUUUGUAACUUACAGAACACAAGAUAUGUGUUAAAUGAUUCGGAUUUAAUGUCGGUCGUAUGAGAAAAUAAGUCUGUCUUUUACCGAUAGAACAUGGCCUUUGUUUAUUUUGUUUUCCUUGAACAUGACCCCAAUCCAAUGAACACACGCAUAUCAA